AUGACAGUCGAAGUUCCUACCUACAAGGCGGCCGUGCUCACGGAGAUUGGCGCGGAUCCCAAGUUUGCGAUGCGCCGGCUCCCGCGACCGGAGCCGGGCCCGAACGAGGUGCUGAUCCGGCUGUCGGUGACGAGUGUGUGCGGGUCCGACUUUGGGCUGGCGACAGGCAGCAUGGGUCCGACGCGAGCCGUGCUGGGACACGAGGGUGUAGGCCGGAUCGAGGCGCUGGGCAGCCAGGUGCGAUCGCUGGACGGCAGCAUCGAGCCGGGACAGCGCGUCGGCCUGGCCUGGAACCGGGACGUGUGCGGCCGCUGUGCCUUUUGCGCAGACCUGGCGAACGAAGGCGAGACGCGCUGUGGUGCCCGGCUCUUCUCUGGUGUCGUGGCUGACGGCACCUUUGCCCAGCUCGCCGUCGCUCCGGCGCGUUAUCUGAUCCGGCUGCCGGCCGACCUCGAUGCCGUGUCGGACGAGGAGGUUGCGCCCAUUCUCUGCGGCGGCGUCACUGCCUACAAGGCCGUCAAGGCCUGUGGCGUCACGCCUGGUCGCUUCAUCGCCGUCUGCGGUGUUGGUGGUGUCGGCCUGCUCGCCCUCGCCUAUGCGCGCGCCAUGGGCUAUCGCACCGUCGGCGUCGACGUCAGCCCCGACAAGGGCCUGAUCGCAUGCGGUCCCCAUGGCCGCGCCGACCACUACGUCGACCUCUCACAGCUGCCGGCGUCGUCGUCGGCUGCUUCGACUCCCUUCUCUUCCGCCGCUGGCGAUGCCGUCAAGAAGCUCACACCUGGCGGCCUCGGCGUCGCUGCCGUCAUCGUCGCUUCGGGUGCCCCCGCCGCCUAUCAGGCUGCCUUUGGCAUGCUCGCGCCCUUUGGCACCCUCAUGUGCGUCGGCCUCAUGCCGCUCGACAAGACCGUCGCUUUCCACCCGUCUGCCCUCAUCGCUCAGGGCUGGCGCAUCCUCAGCUCCGCCGUCGGCACGCGCGGCGACAUUCUCGAGGCCCUCGAGUUCACCCGCCGUCGCCUCGUCGUCCCACUCACCCGGCCAGGCCACCUCGAGGACAUGGAACAGAUUGUCCGCGAGGUCGGCCAGAGCAAGGUCCAAGGCAAGUAUGUGAUCCGCCUCGACGAAGACUAA